CGAAUGUACAGCCUUUUAGGUCUUUUUGGCUUUCCGUAGUUCUGAGACUCGGCGCGCGGUGCAGCGGGUACUGGUGGGACACUUGUUUCUCCUUGGGGGAAGUUUGUUGUGUGUGCAGUGUGUAUUUCUUCAAAAAGCAUGUCUCUCAACUUUCAGACAUCCACCCUUUCUUUGACUUUGCCGAUUUCGUGCCAGAUAUGUCUCGGAAAGGUCAAGGAGCCGGUCAUUUGUGCCAACCACCACGUGUUCUGUUCCUCCUGCAUGGAAAUGUGGUUAAAGAAAGCUAGCCAAUGUCCCACCUGCAGAGUCACCAUCACAGCAGAGAACCCAUGCAGAGAAAUCAUCGGAGGCUCAAAUGAGAGUGAUCACAAUGAUAGUCCUUCCAUGAGGAAAUGUCUCAGAAAAACCAGAGGAGAACUGCUUUUGCGGGAGUAUGAGGAGGAAAUUGAAGGGCUCUUGAGGGAAAACGAGGAGCUGAAAGCAAAAAAUCAAAGUCUGGAGUCACAAUUGAAGACUGCUUUGGAUCCCUGCAGCAUUAAAACAGUGCAAACGGAUGACAAGAAAGUUGAGCCCUAUGUCCUGGAAGAAUGGACAAACAAGCUGCGAGCUGCCACCGAUGUUUGUGAUAAAGUGAAGCAGGACAUGGAUAAGCUAAAGGAGGCAAAUAAGGCAUUGCGAUUUCAAAAUGUCGACCUUGUACAAGAGAAUAUGAGAUUGAAAGCAGAGGUGGCGAGCAGAUCUCCUCAGAAGUUUGGUCGUUAUACAGUGGCAGCACUGGAAUCUAAAAUCCAGCUGCAUGAGCGUGAUGUGGACCACUUGAAGAGGGCUCUGGAGCGCAGCGACCAGUACAUUGAAGACCUGGAGUCUCGGGUCCGAAAGUCUGAGAAGAAACGUCUUGAAGGGCAGGAGCCGAGCGGGAAUAGUACGGCUGAGUCAGACGUUCUCUCACAGCAACACAAAAUCAACAUGAUGAUGAGAAGCUUGAGUGACAAUGAGAGGGAGUCGAUCUGCAGCAAUCCAGUGGCCGAAACUCGAACAUUUUCUAGAAAUCACAGUCUGAUGUUCAUGCCAUCUGCAGAUCAGAAGGAGUCUAAUAAGACUGGAGACCAGAAAAACGAGGACUUGGAAAGCUCCUUGGACCUUUUGCCCACCACUCCGUCCUCUGCCUUCCGGUCCCUCACUCUGAGAAGCCCUGGCGUCCGCGAAAAGAAAGUUGCAUUCAAACCUGCGGCUUAUCUGAGGAGGCUUGAGUUUGAAGAAUUUCCGAGUCCUGACAAAAGUAGCAGCACCAUGGGGAACCAAUUCAGCAGCCUAGACAAAUUGCCUACAAAUAGUGACGUGGAACCCUCAAAGUCCGUCUUCUGGGGUGGUUGGCAGAGAUCUAAAUCUAAUGACGAGUCAUGUCCAUGUCCAAGUCUAAGUCCAAAUAAAGAGAGCUCAGUUAAAGGAGCCACAUCCACUACUCUUGUAGGUGAUGAGCCUGGUGGUUUCAACAUUUCCAGCGAGGCCUCCAUGGAUGCGGCUUACCUGGACAAAAUCUCCGAGUUGGACUGCAUGAUGUUGGAUGGAGAGAGCUCCAGUAGCCGGUGUUCACAGUUCUCCCUGGCUGCCUCCCCUCACGCAGACUCAGGCAACACUCUUGUGCCAGAAUCACAAACGAGCCCUGAUGUCUCUUCAAGCCAUGGCGGCCAACCUGCGGAACAGUGUGGCCAGAAGAACCAGUCACCACGUAACAACAUAGGUGGCACCUUGAAUGACAAAGAGGCUCCAAAAGGCGCUGCAGAGGAAAGUUUUGCUGCACUGGUGUCGGGUAGGGAGAGCGAUGCCCAUGUCCCUGACAGUACAGGGCAUGGAGGGCCCUCUCAGACUGACGAGCUGUCAUUUGAUUUGCUGUUUGAUUCACUGGAAGACAAUAAGGCCGGUCCGUCUGACUCUCUCAGUCCAGCAAGCCAAGACCAUGAUCAUGUAAACCCCUCCUCUUCCCCCAGCUGCACUGGUAAACCUGUGAACACAACAAGAGAAAGACACGGACUGAACAUCAGCCAGCCAACAAAGAGGAAGUCUCACAGUCCCUUUAGCACAAGCAGUCCCACAAAACUUUCAAAGCUCAUGUGAAGGUUUUAAAAACGGAACCUGUGUGUUCUCCUUGUACCGUGCACUGUAGUGUGUUUUGGUCAGGCUUCACAACCACACGCAGCUGAGAAAAUUAACUCUGUGUUGCUUCAGAAUAAAUUUGUGAAUAUGAUGCUUCUGUGUAAAUUAUUGUCAUUUUGUCUGUUGUUAUAUUGUAUGAAUUAAGACAAAUAUACGAUAGGUUCAUCAGAUGUUUCUUUUUGUUGUAUAGUCUACUUGUAGGUCUCAGUGGCAGUUACAUGUUUAUAAGGCCAGCCUUUACAGUCUAAAAUACUCUGUUGUAAUCUGACAAACACUUCUGUGCUGUUCUUUGUUAUAGUGUAGCACCAGUUUUGAUGCGGAGACAUUUUUCAAACAUACUUUCAGCCUACUUGUAUGAGUUUGUAAUUUCAAGGUAUUUAGUAAACAUGGUCCUCAUGUUAAUCGUUUUUAUGAUGACCUGCAAUACUGAAGACAAAUGAACAUGGCUAUCAUGAAAAACUGACAUUUUGAAAUAUUGCAAGGUAAGCGUGUGUUAGGAAAUAAAAUAGUAAUGCAAGGAGAAAUUAUGAAAUUGUUUUCUUUUGUGUGCAGUGCCUUGAUCACAUGAUUCAGGUCUCUUAAUAAU